CCGGCGCCAGGGCCGCUUUCCGCCCCGGUGUGGGACGGGGGUGUCCGGGAUGUGGCGGCCGCAGCCCCGGGCGGGCGGUACCGAGAGGCGGCGCCGCGGCGGGGGGGACGCGGCGGGCUCAGAUGAUCACCAGCAAUUAAUGCCUGCAGGCUCCCUUCGUAAAAAGAGACUGGCAAAAAGACCUGGAUACAUGAGACCAGAAGCUCAGCAACAGAUAGAGUUUCAGUCCCUUGGUGCCUGCAAACCAUUCAGACCAGGAGAGCUCCAACAUGGAAGGCAGGGUUGUGGAGACUUUGAGAACUGCGCUCUGUGCAGACAAUGCCAAAAUAACUUUGAAUUCCUGCACUGUAAUGCGGUUAGUAGUGCCGUAAUUCCUGCUGAUGGGGUAACAACGUUGGCCACUAUUGGAAGUAUGCCAGGAUGCUGCAAAAAUCUGUUGUGUUGCAAGAGUCCAGGGUCGGAAAACACGGUGACAGCAGCUUACCCUGCUGCUGCAACAAGCAAAGGAGAUGUUUCUGCUGAAUGCUGUACGCGGCAGAAAAACCACAGUGCAAAAGUGAGCAACCCCCCAAAUAUGUAUGCUUUGGAUGGGACAGAAGUGAAUAACAACUGUGAAUAUCAAAGCAGAGAUGAUAUUUCUCAUUCUGCUGUUGCACACAAUAGUUUAGAUAGUUUUAGUUCAAAUUUCAGCUUCAUACAGCUCUCCCUGAACUCGAUCUCUGGAGUAAAUGAUGUUGAAGUCAAAUCAACUGUUGAAGAAGCUGAGAUUGUUCUGCAUCCCAAAACCACAGGAAGCCUGCAGAAGCCAGAAGAGAAGUCACAAACUCAUGACAACUUGGGAGAUUUGUGUUGCUUCUCCAGGUCCAGUGAGGAUUUGGAGCAUGAACAUGAGAGCCAUGAACUUGAUGAAUUACAGGACUGUGAGACUGUCUCUCUCUCAGAUAUAGAUGCAACAUUUUCAUAUUCUACAGAUUCCUUGGAUGCAGCAUCUGCUGGCUCUUCUGUCACCUCAGGCUAUGAAAGUAGCUUUACUGUUAGUGACCGUAACUGGGAUAUUUUGAUGAAAAAAUAUGAGCCAGUGCUGCAGGACUGCUUGCUUGGCAACCGCAGUACACUGAAGAUAAAAUCCUUGAUCUUACGGCUUCAGAGGCUUCAGGAAAAAGCAAUAGAGGAAGAUGACUAUGAUAGAGCUGAUAAAUUUAGACGAAAACUGGAAGAACUGGAGAAAGAGAAAAAAUCUUUAAAAUUUCAACUUCCUUCAAGGCAUCCUUCAGUUAGCAGUUUUUUGGAUAGAUUCAUUACCCAAGUUCAGGCAGCGUUGCGCUGGGCUGCUGAUCAUCGGGUUAGACAUGAAGAAAACGAUCUUUGUCAUGAAAAAGAACUUUUGAGAUCAACUUACCAGGAGAGGAUGCAGGUUUCAGCUACAAAACGAAGCCAGCUUCUUCAAGAAAAGAAACGGUUACAGAAAGAAAUUGAAGACCUCCGAACAAGAUUGACCAUAUUAGAAGCAAAAGAUCAACAACUAAGAAGAGAAAUUGAAGAACAAGACAGACUUAUUCAGUCACAGGACUGUGAACUGACUGCUUUACUUGGCUGCAUUUCUUUGAGAGAACUGCAGGAAAUAAGCAAGGCUGUGGAUGACACUUUAGCAUCCUCCUAUCAAAUUCCAUUCAGUCUAGAUCUUCCAGGAACAAUAAAGAGCCUUCAGGAAAAAGAACGAUUGUUCAGCAUGUCCAUUAAAGAAACUACUGCCAAAGUUUGCACAAGUCAGAAACUCUGCAGUACUUUGAGGAGGAAAGUGAGUGAUAUUGAGACUCAGCUACCAGCUCUACUUGAAGCCAAAACGCUGGCUGUUUCAGGAAGUAAUUUCGGCACUGCGAAGGAUCUUGCAGAAGAAAUAAGGUCAUUAACAUCUGAGAAGGAGGGACUGGAAGGACUACUCAAUGAACUGUUGGUUCUGAGUGCCAAAAAUGUCCGAAAAUUAGAGAGAAUUAAAGAUGAUUACACCAGACUGAAGCAAGAACUUGAGCAAGGAGAGACUGCCUUUGUGACCAGUGUAAAAGAAAAUGCUGAGAAGUACAUGGAGAUUCUAGAAGAUAAACUACAUAGCUGCGGGAGCCAGCUGCUCCAAAGAGUGUGGGAAGCUGACUUGGAGGCAUGUCAGCUGUUGAUCCAAGGGUUUCAGCUGAAAGAAACCAGUUGCUGUGUUUUUGAGGAAGAAGAGAACCAAAUGCAGGAGAUGGAGAUGACUGCUGAUGGCCCACCUGACUCUGAAAAAAGAAAGGAAGGUCACUUUCUAAAGGGCGCUGAGUGGGGUACUGUUUCCUGCCACAGACAGAGUGAGCUGAAAAAGGUUAUGGAAGACAUUUCAUUUGGAACAGAGGGUCAUUUAUCUGAGGAGUUCUUCAUAUUUUCUGCAGAGUUGGGAGAAAAAUGUGAAGCAAUAAGUGAGAAAUUGGUGCAUCUGGAAGAUCAAUUGCAAAGUUCCACCUGCAGAGUUGAUGAAGGAGUUAUUCAUAUCCUUUUUGCUAUAGCUAUAGAUAUGUAUCAAUCUAUGUUCCCACCCUGCCUUGCAUAGCACAUGCUGCUAAGCUCACUGAUGCCACACAAGCUGCAGUCACUUGGCUUACUUCUCAGACUGUUCUCACUGCCCUGUUGCCUUCAGCUGGAGUCUGAUCCACCCAGGUCUGUAUCUCUGUCUUAAAAAUCCACCCUUCACCCAGCUCACAGCUCAUCGAGCUCACAGCUCAUGCUGCUGUCUCCAUGGUAAAAUUUCUUUAUCUCCUUCCUUCCAAUGAAAACAAUAUCCCCCAUCCCCUCCCUUUUUUAAAGUGCUAAAUAAUGCUACUUGAGAACUUGAGCUUGCCUGGAUUUUUCUUUUGAAAGCAAGUGUGAGAAAUGUAUUAAUGUUUAAUCCAAACAAUUUGGAAGAAGCUGAAGCUACAAUUAGAUAGCCAUGGCCAUCUGUCGUGAGCAGCAGAACAAGAAUUUACUUAAUAACUUGGAAAAAGAACAGGGACUGCCAAUCACCUAUAGAUUAUUCCUUAAUAAAGCUUGCACAGUCUCUGCAGAGGGAGAUCCAGGUAGUGAAGGAGACACUCCAGACCGUGCUCGUGCAACUUCAGUCGGCCAAGGAGGCAGGAGAAGAAAAGGCUGGAGACUUCCUCUGUGACAGCUGGUGUCCAGGAAAACAAGACUUGAAAGAAUAAUGAGCAGAAAGUGCUGGUAGGAUAACAUUAAUUCACAAAGGGCUGCUUUUAGUAACUGAAUACUGUUUUACUAAGCCUCAGGGAUCUCUUCUCUCCCCUGCAUAACUAAUAACUAAAUCAAUUAUGGAGAAAUAGAGCCUGAAGGUCUAUCAUCAGAAGUAUCCUAGGCAGCCUCACAUGUUUUGGCACAGAUUGGGAAACAGCUUUCAGAGCAGAGCAGCUCCUGUAAAUGUGUAGAUUACAAAUUGAUACAUUUCAAGUGAGUCUGCAAAGUUGCCUUUAAUGUCAGUGAAAUGUUCUCCUUCAAGACUCAUAAACAGUAUCUCUCUCAUGGAUAUUUUUUUUCCCCUGAUUUAAAAAUGCAGCAUUAAAGCUGGAACAGCUAGUAGUUCUUGGAAAAUAGCUGUAAGAAUAAUAAGAACUUUUUUUUUCCCUUUGGCUUUAAACAGCUUUCUUACACUGAAUGUAUUUUCACAUUCCUGCCAAUAAUUAAAUCAAUAGGAUGAAAUUCAAGCUAACCAAGUUCUUUCAACUGAAAUUUGGAUCUCAUUUACUCUGUGGUAUUAAGUACAGUGGAGGUAACUAACAGCAGCCCCUAUAGCAGUAGUUUAACUAGUUUUAUUUAGGUAUAAACUUGCUUUAGUAUUAACAGGGGUUGUAAAGCAAAAAAAAAAAAAAAAAAAAAAGCCUAUGUUGUUAUGUGUUCCUUACAUUUAAAUAUUGUAUGAGCAACAAGACAUUUAAGUCUCCUUGUAAAGGUUACUACUAUUACUUUGAUCUUCCUUAUAAACUUAAGAAGGAAUGCAGAUUUUUUUGCAAGACACUUCUAGAUAUACAUUCUUAAACAUGUAUUUUUAUAGGAAAUAAAAGCAAUGCUCAACUGAAGCCAACCAUUAUAAAUUAUCUCUAUUUAGAUCAUUGUUCAAAACAGUUAAUGCCUUAAAAAACUCAUUGUGUACCCUUACUUUGAUACCAGUAUAUUUCUGAUGUCAUAAAAAAUUCUGUUUCUGUCAUUUGUUCCAGAGGGAAAAGUAAAAAAAAAAAAAAAAAAAACACCAACAAAACACCACUGAAUUGUUUUAAAUCCAACAGAUGAAGAAAAUGUCUUGCAACUCAGUGCUGUACUUUUUUUGAUACUGUUUUUCUGACACUUUUAGAAUUCCUUUUCUCUGCUACUUCAAUUACUCAUUUUAUAGCCACAUUGUGAAGGUUUUUAGCGAAUUCCAAAGGUCACUGGACUACUUGCCCAAUAAGAUUGUGUUCAUUCUCAUGUGUGCUUAAAUAUUAAUUGAAACUUCUACCUCAAUGUUACUUACAUAAGGAAGGAAGAAAAAAAGUGCCGGCAGCUGAGACAUACAACGGGAUUAUAAUUGCCUGCAGGAGCAUACAAUUGUCAAACCAGGGGGGCAGAGCUUGGGUGGUUUCUCUGGUCAUAGGAUCUUCUGGGUCAAAUUACAACCCUGUAAUUCAGACCUGACUUCUCGUGUAGUAUAUGGGUCAGCAUCCACGUUGCUGUAAAGACCCUUGGAUCUUCAGCUUGCAUGGACUCUGCUACUGGGUUCCCGUCCUGUUUCAAGUGGAGGUCUCUUGCUGCUCUGCUGCUGCCCGGACACGUUUCUUCCUCUAAGUCCCUAUUCAAUACCUACCUCCUCCUAGUAGCUUUGACACUUUCUGAAGCAACCCUGAACAGAUGAGCAAGGUGUUUGUCUCCAGCUCAAGGCAGCCCAACAAGCAUGAGUGGCAGCCUGCAGCACCCUGACAAUCAGCCCAUGCGCAGGACCAGCUCAGUGGGAAACCCCAGCUGCCAGAAAGCACUCAUGGAAACCCACGUGAGUUCAGCUAACAGGAAAGAGAGCACACUGACAAGACAGAGCUCUUAAAACUGUUUCUUUAAGACCCACAGAAGUUCCUUGUGGGUUAAUACCACAGAGUGCACAGGUACUGAGUUUCCAGCAAUGAGCAUUUAUAUAGGACAAUGAGGACAGUCCCAGAGAUGAUGGCCAGUACACUAAGAUUCCAUGACACUCCUCUCUCACACAAUGCAGAGUAUGUAGAGUUUUGACUAAUUAGUGCCUGCAAUGUAAAUAGGUGGUAGGCCCUAGAAGUGCCUUAGAGCCAGGAUCAGCCACAGCUGGAGCAUGAAGUCUGCCUCCUUGCAGCAGCAAGGGCUCAGCAACAGGGAUAUUAAACAACAAUCAGAGAGGCAGGUAAACAGCACCCUCAUUCUCACUAGCAAGGUUUCUUGAAGACAUUCCCAUUCAAUUAAAAAAACCUGUGUGGCUUUUGUGUUUUGAAGCUUCAGAGCACCACUGCGUUUUAAUAAAAACUCCACUUAGGUAACCACUCUAAUAAGACACUGAACUCCUGAGAAGGGAAACUGAAUCAGUCAUCGUUCGUGUUAUGUUUGUAUCUGUUAACAUUUGUUUUAUAUGUAAUGUUGACUACUACUACUUUAAUUUAUUAUUCCAUUAACUUCACUGUUUGUUGUGGGAAGUUAGAGCCAGUAACCAUCCCUUUCCUCAGACACAUUUGAUAAUAAGCAUACUUUAAAAAAAAGUAUACUAUGCAAUGUAUCAACUGCCUUUUAUAUGUGGAUAGAAAACUUUCAAAUAAAGAGAAGUAUGUUUUUAACUAA